AGUGAGUUUCCUCGCCAGAGCCCCGGCUGGACUGGCAGCAGCUCACAUCGCGGAUCGCAGCGCCGGCGCCGGGUGGCUAGUGCGCGGCGCAGGGGCGCAGCCCGAGGCAGCCGCGGCGAGCCACCUAGCGCUCCGCAGUCUGGGCCGGCUCCUCCCGCUCGGCCACUGCUUCUCCGCGGGUCACCCAGGAUUACUCGCUUCUCGCUGCAGGCGCCGGGAAGGCGCGCUGGGCGCCAGUGGCCGCCGCGCCAGCUCCUCCUCCUGCUGCUCCUGCUCCCCAGGCCAGCGCGCAGCCCGGAGCCCGCCCCGCGCCGCCCGGAGCCCUGCCCCCCGCUGCUCUCAUGCGCGCGGGUGGGUCAUGAGCACAGCGCCCUCGCUUUCUGCCCUAAGAAGCAGUAAGCACAGCGGCGGCGGCGGUGGCGGCGGCGGCGCGGACCCUGCCUGGACCAGCGCGCUCUCUGGAAAUAGCUCCGGCCCCGGCCCAGGCUCGUCCCCGGCCGGCAGCACCAAGCCUUUUGUGCACGCCGUGCCCCCCUCUGACCCUCUUCGCCAGGCUAACCGCCUGCCCAUCAAGGUGCUGAAGAUGCUGACUGCGCGGACUGGUCACAUUUUGCACCCCGAGUACCUGCAGCCCCUACCUUCCACGCCCGUCAGUCCCAUCGAGCUUGAUGCCAAGAAGAGCCCGCUGGCGCUGUUAGCUCAAACUUGCUCUCAGAUUGGGAAGCCCGACCCCUCGCCCUCUUCCAAACUCUCCACGGUCGCCUCCAAUGGGGGCGGCGCGGGCGGCGCCGGCGGCGGUGCUGGAGGCGACAAGGACGCCAAGUCAGGUCCCCUCAAAUUGAGCGACAUCGGCGUGGAGGACAAAUCGAGUUUCAAGCCGUACUCCAAACCCGGCUCGGAUAAGAAGGAGCCGGGAGGUGGCGGCGGAGGCGGCGGCGGUGGUGGUGGCGGCGGCGGGGGGGUUUCGGCGGAGAAGUCCGGAUUCCGGGUACCGAGCGCCACCUGCCAGCCAUUCACGCCCAGGACAGGCAGCCCCAGCUCCAGCGCCUCGGCCUGCUCGCCGGGCGGCAUGCUGCCUUCGGCCGGGGGCGGCCCGGAGGGCAAGGACGACAAGAAGGAUUCUGACGCGGGGGGCGGCGGCAGCAAGGGCUCCGGGAGCGCCUCGGCCGAAGGGGGGCCCGCGGGGCUGGCUCAUGGCCGGAUUAGCUGCGGCGGUGGGAUUAAUGUGGACGUGAACCAGCACCCUGAUGGGGGCCCCGGGGGCAAGACGCUUGGCUCGGACUGCGGCGGCUCCUCCGGCUCCAGCUCCGCCUCGGGUCCCAACGCGCCCGCCUCUUCCUCGGUGCUGGGCUCUGGGCUGGUGGCGCCCGUAUCGCCCUACAAGCCGGGCCAGACGGUGUUCCCUCUGCCUCCUGCGGGUAUGACCUACCCAGGCAGCCUGGCCGGGGCCUACGCCGGCUACCCGCCGCAGUUCCUACCCCACGGCGUGGCGCUUGACCCCACCAAGCCCGGCAGCCUGGUGGGGGCGCAGCUGGCGGCGGCCGCGGCGGGCUCUCUGGGCUGCAGUAAGCCGGCCGGCUCCAGUCCCUUGGCGGGGGCGUCACCGCCGUCCGUGAUGACAGCCAGCCUGUGCCGGGACCCGUACUGUCUCAGCUACCACUGCGCCAGCCACCUGGCCGGGGCGGCGGCAGCCAGCGCGUCCUGCGCGCACGACCCGGCCGCGGCGGCCGCGGCGCUCAAGUCCGGAUACCCGCUGGUGUACCCCACACACCCGCUGCACGGCGUGCACUCCUCGCUCACCGCCGCCGCCGCCGCCGGCGCCACACCGCCCUCCCUGGCCGGCCACCCUCUCUACCCCUAUGGCUUCAUGCUCCCGAACGACCCGCUCCCUCACAUCUGCAACUGGGUGUCGGCCAAUGGGCCGUGUGACAAGCGCUUCGCCACGUCCGACGAGCUGCUCAGCCACUUGCGGACCCAUACGGCCUUCCCCGGGACGGACAAACUGCUGUCGGGCUACCCCAGCUCUUCGUCUUUGGCCAGCGCCGCGGCGGCCGCCAUGGCCUGCCACAUGCACAUCCCGACGUCGGGCGCUCCAGGCAGCCCCGGGACCCUGGCGCUGCGCAGCCCCCACCACGCGCUGGGACUCAGCAGCCGCUACCACCCAUACUCCAAGAGCCCGCUCCCCACCCCAGGCGCACCCGUGCCGGUGCCCGCCGCCACCGGACCCUACUACUCCCCCUACGCCCUCUACGGACAGAGACUGACCACGGCCUCGGCACUGGGCUAUCAGUGAGGGCGGUCGGGGGGGUGGGGGUGGGGGGGGCUAGCCAGGGGGCGAAAGGAGCUGGAGGGAGGGGGUGAGCCCAGGGAGGGAUGGGCACCCAGCAGAGGCUACUGUCACCCGGGCGUGUGGGGAAAGACCCGGGCCAGGAAAAGAAAAAUAUACAUACCGUGCCCAUCUACCCGAAACAGCGACAGUGACCCGGUGGGAACCCACUUCAGACCCCCUCCUUCGUACCCCAGUCUCUCACUUCCCCACCCAAACUUUAUAAAAGUUGGAAAAAAAAUCGUUUGACUUUUAUAGAAAAAAAUAAGAAGGAAAAAUAAUUGAGGUGUUCAUCUGAGGACUGCAUUGGUGGACACUGGUAUUUAUUUAUGUUAGCUCCAAGCGGACCCGUGGUUCAAAAGUGCAUUAUUUAGUUUGAACUCUGUAGUAAAAAAGGGGGGAUUAAAACUUGAGGGUAAAAUUGUGGAAAACAAGCCCUCCCGUCCCUUGUAGAUUAUAAAUAAAUACAAAGCCGCCACAGAACUAGAGGUCUUCUCUUUAAUGUUACUUUAAAAUUGCUAUGAUUGUAUUGUACGUUCUUAUUUAAUGUCUGAUUGAAACACAAAUUUCCAUGCAUGUUUGUUACAAAAAAAUGAAAAAUCAAAACAAAACAAGUCACAAUUUGUCAAUUCUGAUUUCAAAUUGCAAUUAUUUUUAAGGUGUACACCAUCAAAAGAGAGUGGGUAUUUUUUUGUAUGUAUUCUGGAAGAAAACAAAAAAAAAAAAGGAAAAACAAUUCUAUUCCAAAACCUCAUUUGCCUUAUUUUGUUCUUUAAAGGAACACUUAACUAUUUUUAAUUUUAAGUCCACCCGCUGAGAAGGGGACAAGUAAGGUUUACGUCAUGUACUAAAAUAAUAGACAAUGUAUCGCUUUAAAGAUUAAAAUUCCGUAUAUUUGAUGUAUUAAAAGGUUUUACUUA